UGUGCAUCAAAGUGUAAGCGAAAUGAAUAAACGCACGACACCGUUCGUUCCACAUUUCAGGCUGUGUUUAAAGUUCUAAUCGGUUAGCUCGCUUUCAUUCCACGCUUACGCGAUUGUGUAUCGCAUUAAUAAUUGUCGGCCAGGUACACGUGAGGCCGUUGCACCUGGAUUUCUGUCUCGGUCGGUUCUCAUUUAUCAUAAAACGAAGAACCUUCUGUUGCGCUGGAGAUUUAUGGUGUCUCAGGUGGUUGCGUAACGCAAUCACGGUGAAUUUAGGUGUUGCCGCGAGUGGUGUCUCCUUGGACGUCGUGGAGAUAAAACUAUUUCCUUUCUUGAGGAGGAACCACAUACUAAUUACUUAUGGUCCAAUUCCGGAAACAUGAUCCGUGACUAUCUGAUGCUACUCUCGUGGCUAUGCGCGGUACAAGGAAAAAUAGGUGGAAGACACCAGCUCGUUUCUCUGCUUGCAGGAUAUUUCUGGCACAUCACCGACAUCCACUAUGACCCGAAGUACUCCACCCAAGGAAACGCAGUCAGCAUGUGCUGGAACACGAGGAACAGCAUGGAGGGUGGCUGGAUGGCCCCAGAGCGGAAGCUGGUCGGCGAGUUCGGGGAUUAUGGCUGCGACUCGCCGUGGUCCUUGAUCGAAUCUGCUGUUAGGGCGAUGAGGACGCAUCAUGGCGAGGGGAUCGAGUUCGUCCUUUGGACUGGGGACGCGUUGACCCGGACGGCCGAUAUGAACGGCGAAUUGCGUCUGCAAUGUUUGCGGAAUUUGACCGAUCUGUUGUCCCGCACGUUUAAGGAACAAUUUGUGUUCCCCGCCCUCGGACACGAGGACAUAACAGUGAGCUUCUCUCAGCUGGCCGUACUUUGGCAGCAAUGGCUGCCGCAGGAGGCCCUGGACACGUUUCGAACCGCCGGAUAUUACACGAUAGAGCAGCGCUCGGAAAAGUAUCGAAUCAUCUUCUUGAACACAAAUUUGUGGCUGAACAUAGCAGACAUUGGUAUGCUGCAUCGCACUGGAAGCAGCACGAUCGAUUCGCAGGAUCCUUUCGGUCAGUGGUCCUGGUUCGAGCUGACUCUUGACAACGCCCGAAAGAAGAAGGAAACGGUGUACAUCGUGGGUCAUACACCACCCGGAGUCGACGAUCGAGAAAAUGGCGCCGCAGCGUUCAGCGAGAGACACAACACCAAGUAUCUUCGACUGAUCCGUCUCUAUUCAGACAUAAUUCGGGGUCAAUUCUUCGGCCAUUGGCACUCGGACACUUUUCGUGUGGUCUACAGCGAUACUGGUUCUCCAGUAUCUUGGAUAAUGAUGGCACCUAGUAUAUCGCCGCGCACUCCUGGAGGACCCAACAAUCCAGGUUUGAGACUGUACAAGUUUGAAACUAAUACCGGUCAGGUGUUGGAUUAUACGCAGUACUAUCUUAAUCUGCCGGAAGCGAAUUCAAAAGGGGAGGCGAACUGGUUGGUCGAAUACUCUAUGCUCGAGUACUACGAUCUUCAGGAAAUAACGGCGAUCACUCUUCACGACUUGGCCGACCGAUUCACGCAAUCCAAUGAUUACGCUUUCAUCAGAUACUACGCAGCCAAUACGGUAUCGUUGCCCCGCGAGAUCGAGCAGAUUUGGGGCUGCGGAGGUCCUCUGAACGGAGCGUGCGUCCUGCACCACUACUGCACCGUGACUCGCCUGAACAUCGAGUCCUACAAGGAUUGUUACUCGUCCUACGCUUACGCGCUCGCCUCAACUGGCCCCUCCAUUCCCCGAUUGUCGUUCCAUGUGCUUCUACUUCUGGUCUGCGCGGCGUUGCUGAGGAACCGGUAGGUUGGGACUUGCUCGUCGACGCGAAGCUGCGAGCGAAACGCGGCGUCGCGUACAGAAGUGCACGCCUUAAGUAACCGCGGUCACUUAACUGUACGCGGUUAAACGAACGCGGACGCUUAAGCAGGUGACUUCUCAGUGAAUUCGAUCGAGGAUACCGAUGGCACGCGACUCGAAGCUUACUCCGAGGUUCUCUGGGCGGACAGUUAUGGAUCGUAAAGUACGCCGCGAGCGUGCACUUCUGUAACAGCCUCGCGAGCGAGCUUCCGGCCGUUCAAAGAUCCGCAGAGCGUAGGAGGACAGCAACCAUAACUUUGUCUCUGUGUCUGUCUCUUUGUCCACGCGUCUUCUUCUCUCUGUCGCGAUUCCAGCCUCACGGCAGCAACGUUGAUGUCACGUGGAGGUGAAAUGUGAUUCGAUAUCGUGUGACAUGCUGAAUAUCAAAAUAUACAUAUUUUCUUUUAUAUAUGUGUUGUUCGCGGUUUCACGCGACGCGAUGAUGAUGUGUUCUUACCUUGACUCGCAAACUUUCGAGUAUGCUUAUGAAGGCGAGCUGUUGCUGACAAGAUGGCUGACGGGAUCGCGAAGCGAGAGGGAGAGCUGAGGCUUUCAUCGUUUGGUUUGGCGUACGGUGCUGUUUUGAAGAUUUUGGGUGUAAAUUAUGGGAGCGAUGGUAAUUAGACCCGGAGGGUUUGUCGACAUUGGAAAAGUUCUUCGGGGUGAGGGGAGGGUGGUGAUGUGGGGUGACAGGGACGGAUCAAGGUUUUGUGGGGCCUGGGGUUUUGGGGUUGAUGUGAAACGUUAGUAGAAACUUAAUUCGGAGUUUGAGAAAUUUUUAUUAGUAUUUUUUGCAUUCAUAAAUUUUGGGAAUGUUUUCACUAGUUUUCAAAUUC